AUGAGAGUUUCUGGUUUUCCUAUUGAAUUACGAAGAAAUUUGACUGCAGCAUGUGCUUUAUCCGUAAAUGUAGGAAGUUUUAGUGAUCCUUUUGAAAUACAGGGUGUGGCUCAUUUUUUUGAGCAUAUGAAAUUCAUGGGUUCCGAAAAAUAUCCAUAUGAAAACGACUUUAACCAAUUCGUAACAAAAAGAGGUGGAAUGGAUAAUGCUUCUACAAACUGUGAGCAAACAAUAUUUAAUUUCGAAAUACAAGAAAAGUAUUUGCUUCCUGCCAUGGACCGUUUUGCUCAAUUUUUCAUAAGCCCUCUCAUGAAAAGAAAUGCCAUCGCUCGAGAAAGAGAAGCUAUUGAGAGUGAAUUCCAGAUGGCCUUAGUGUCAGAUUCUUGCAGAAAAAACCAAUUGUUGUGCAGCUGUGUAAAAAAUAAUCACCCUGCAAUGAAAUUUUCUUGGGGAAAUCUAACAACGCUGCGAGAUAAUCUAGAAGAAGAAGUGCUGUAUUCAGAACUACAUAAGUUUAUAGAUAGACAUUACAGUGCUCACCGAAUGACUUUGGCUGUUAAAGCUGAAUUAUCGUUGGAGAAAUUGGAAAAAUAUAUCAUCGAUUGCUUUUCUAUGUUGCCCGUCAAUCAUUUGCCAGCUGAUGAUUUUUCCCAAUUCAAAGAAAAUGAUUCUUUCGAUAAGAUGGAUUUUUGUAAAAUUUACAAAAUUAAGCCAAUUCAAGAUACUCGCCACGUUCAAAUGACGUGGGUGAUGCAUCCAUUACAUCAUUUGUACAAAAGUAAACCACAUCAAAUUUUUGCAUGGAUUAUUGGGCAUGAAGGGGAGGGAUCACUGUUAAACUAUCUUCGCAAAAAAUUUUGGUGCAUUUACAUUUUAAGUGGUAACAGCGAAAGCGACUUGGAGCACAAUUUAAUGUAUGCUCUGUUCAGUAUAACUUUAAUAUUAACUGAUGAAGGUUGUGAGCACUUAAAAGAAGUAUUGGAAGCUGUAUUUUCGUACAUCAAUCUUUUACGUCAAGUGGAAUCUAAUAAGAGAAUAUUUGACAAGAUUAAACAAGUACAUGACAUACAUCUCAGAUUUAUGAGUGAACCCGACCCUACAAUGUACGUCAAAUAUUUGUGUCAAGCCAUGCAUCAAUAUCCGUCAACAGACUAUAUAAGUGGUAGAAUUUGAUAUUCCAACUUUGACCCCGAAUCUUUGAAACAAUGUAUCGAAGCAUUGAGUCCAGAGAAUGUUAAUAUUAUGAUUGUAGACCAGAAAUUCAAUGAAAAUACGUUCGACAAAGUGGAGCCUUGGUUUCAGACGAAGUAUUCCUGUGAAAAAAUUCCAGAAGAAUGGGUUUCUUGUUGGACUGACAUUGAACCGUUUAUAGAAUUUUAUUUACCUGAACCCAACGAAUUCAUUACAGAUGACUUUAAUUUGAUAGAUUUGCCAACUGACGUACCAAGUUACCCCACAAAAAUUCAUCAUGAUGAAAAAAUUGAAGUCUGGUACAGAAUGGACCCGAAAUUUCGUCUCCCAUCGUGUUAUAUUUACCUCUUGUUUAAGACUCCUUUUGCAACAGAAAGUCCGAAAUCAACCACUUGGUUGUACCAAUCUGGUAUUGAUUCUAUCCAUCUGUCUGUAAUAAUUGAGCUUCUAAUGCUGAUUAUAGAAGAGCCUCUUUUCAAUAUUCUUAGAACUCAAGAGCAAUUAGGCUACAGUGUAUUUUGCGCAAUGAGAGAUACGUACGAUGUUAUUGGUUUUUCAAUAACAGUUUGCACUCAAGCAAACAAAUUUUCCACAGAUUACAUUGAUGAAAGAAUAUAAAAUUUUAUUCAGGUCAUGGUUGAGACUCUUAAAAAUAUGUCUGAAGUAUAGUUCGAUAGUUAUAAGAAGUCGCUUGUUGAUUCCAAGAAAUGUAUAGAAAUCAAUAUUGGAGAAGAGAUCUCCAGAAAUUAGUCUGAAAUAACUAACAACAAGUAUAUUUUUGACAGACUGGACAAGGAAAUUAGUGCAAUUAUUUCCAUCAAAAAAAGCGAAUUAAUGCUUUGGUUUACAGAUCAUUCACGUACAGGAAAUAAUUUUAGGAAGCUAAGUGUUCACGUAGUUGGAGCUGCUGAUACAUUAGAUGAUGGAAAGACUAUGGAUUUGGAAAAGGCCGAGGCAUUGCUUGGUUUAGAUAAAGUAUUAACUUUGUAUGCUCCUCGAAAGGACAAAAAAUCAGUUGAUGAAGAAAGUUCUAGCAACAUCGAAGAAAGUGGAAAAUCACUUAUCAAUGUAGAAAAGGAAAUUCAAAAAGAGAAUUAA